UUUGCAGUUAACAUUUACAUUGUUUCAACUGAGUGUUUGUUAAAAUUUCACAUAAAUAAGGGUCGGUAUCUUUUUCUUCAAGCUUCCGCAUUUCAGCUCCGAUAAUACGAAUAACACAUAAUUCACACGAGACCACUUGUUGAAUAAACAGUUAACAAAUUUUUCUUCCAACUGACGUGUAUAUAACUUAUUGGCCCGUACACACGUGUGUUGUGUUUAGACGAUCUGUAUGGACCUCAGUGACGAUUCGCCAACGUAGGGGGGAGAUAAAUAGUUGUUUGGCGUAGCGUAGCUCGUCAGAGCCGCAGUUUCAGUCAGUGUCUAAGAUACAACGACCAUGUGGAAACCUCAGGCGAUCCUGUUGCUGUUGUUCGUUCUCGCGUCAUGCGAAGCGAAGAGCCCUGCUCCGAAGAAGCUGAAGAUCGUGGGAGUUUUCGGUCACCUCGGUAAAAGUCAUUUCGACGUGUUCCAACUGCUCCUGGAGGAGUUGGCUCGUCGUGGCCACGAUUUGACGGCGAUUUCGCAUUUCCCGAGGACGGAGAAAGCCAUUAAAGCAGAGCCCUUACCGAACUACAAGGACAUCGACUUAAGAGACGAUAAACAAGGCGUGUUCGUGAACGUGGUCGACCUGAGAGUCAUCGAUCACUCUAUUCUAAGAAUAUUCAAAGAGUUGUAUUUCUUGUCCGACAUGUCGGCCGUAGCUUGCGAGCUCGCCUUGACGAAUCCUAAGGUUAAGGAGCUGGUAGCUUCCGGUCAGAAGUUCGACGUGGUGCUCACUGAGAGCUUCAACACGGACUGUUUCAUGGUGCUCGUCCACAAGUUCAACGCGCCGAUCAUAGAAAUUUCGACUCAUCAGCUGAUGCCAUGGGCGAUUGACCACAUGGCACUCUCCAACGAGGCCAGCUACAUUCCCGGCAUGCUCACUCGUCAGCCAAGGCCAAUGAACUUCAUGGGCAGAGUUUGGAACACCGUAACCAUAGCCUUUAUGACCGCCCUUUACAAUACCGUGUUCCAUUCGAGGGCCCAGGCGAUCGCCGAACGGGAAUUCGGACCAGACAUUCCGAAUCUGUCGGAAGUUAGCAGAAACGUAACCUUGAUGCUCGUCAACACUCAUUAUACUCUGCACGGCUCUAUACCGUUCCCUCCUAAUGUAGUUGAAAUUGGAGGAAUGCAUAUAUCGCCGAAAACGAAUCCUCUGCCGAAGGAUAUCGCCAAGUUCCUCGACGAAGCGCACGAAGGUGUUUUGUACUUCAAUCUCGGGUCUAUGGUGAAAGCUGCCACUAUGCCGCCGGAGAAACUGGACGCCUUGCUGAAGAUGUUCGCGUCUAUUCCCAGGAAAGUCAUUUGGAAGUGGGAAAUUGACGAUCUGCCGAAAUUAUCCUCGAAUGUUUUGGUGAAGAAGUGGUUGCCUCAGUCUGACAUAUUAACUCAUCCGAAUGUUAAGUGUUACUUUGGCCAUGGUGGACUACUGGGGUUGUCAGAGGGUGUCCACCGAGGGGUGCCCAUGGUUCUCAUGCCUUUCUUCGGUGACCAAUAUCAGAACGCCAUUGCCGCUCAAGCUAGGGGAGUCGCCAUCGUUGUGAAAUUCGACGAAAUGAGCGAAGCGACACUCAAGAACGCUGUGGACGAAAUUUUCAACAAUACCAGGUAUAUGGAGAACGCCCGCAAGCUCUCGAAAGCUUUCAGAGAUCGGCCCAUGACACCGCUGGACACAGCAGUAUGGUGGACAGAGUACAUCGGUCGAGGCAAUGGACUACCAUACGUGAGAAGCGAACGUGUAAAUAUGUCCUGGGUGGCACGUAACCUCGUCGACGUCGCCGCCUUCCUUAUAGCCAUUGUGCUGCUCGCUCUUUACAUUCUAUACCGUUACAUCAAUCAUCUAUUCUCCCGCAACCAGAUGAAGAAGUACAAGAAAAUAGAUUGAAGAG